ACCACGACUAAAAGGAAACACUCCCAGUCUUUUGUGAAUUUCAGAAAAAUAACAGUUUAAUCUCGUAAAAACCUUCAACUGUAAAUUGGAUUUUCAGCCUUUCUACCUGUUCAGGGGAGCAGUGACGUCACACGGAGGGCAUGUGGUCUGCGACCUGCGAGCGCAGACUGAUGUUUGAGGAACACUAGACGCGCACGAGAGGUGUUUAACUCGCGUUCGUGGUGUUUUUUUGUGAGUUUGACAUGUUUGAAAACGGGAAAUCGUGCGUGCAUCCUCCCAGGGAACUUAUUCGGAGUCUGUAACCCACACGGAGCUUCAAGCACACUAGCCGGUGUUUGUUGUACAGUUAUACAGGAUGAUGCUCUACUUUCUCCCCUUACGGAAAUUCAAGCGCAAUGGGAAAUACAUUUUGUUUGUGGCGGUGCUGAUGAUCGGCGCAUUGGCGGCUUAUCUGGAGUUCGUGGCCACGAGUGUCUGGAGUAACACUGAUGUAGCCCCACGCAGUGAAAGUGUCAUUUGGGCAAAGCAUGGUGUUGGGACUGUGGCUCGAGAAGAUCGCGCAUCUGAUGAUAAUCGUGAAAAAGAUGUUUGGACUUCUAAAAACAUUGCACAGAAAUGGAGCCCAGAGUAUAAAGGAAUGGCUAAUCUGCACAUCUUUGAGGACUGGUGUGGCACAUCUAUAGCUCAACUAAGAAAGAAUCUGCAUUAUCCAUUGUAUCCUCAUUCUCGUAUCACUGUGAAGAAACUUGCUGUAUCACCCAGCUGGACCAAUUAUGGACUCAGGAUAUUUGGCUACAUACAUCCGUAUGCAGAUGGUGACUUCCUGUUUGCAGUGUCAUCUGAUGAUAACAGUGAGUUCUGGCUCAGUGACAAUGAAAAUCCAGCCAAUCUGAAACUUUGCGCUUACGUCGGAAAGACGGGCAGAGAAUGGAGCGCCCCAGGCGAGUAUGGGAAAUACGCCAGUCAGAUAUCAAAUAUCGUUCCUAUGCAGAUGAAGAAGAAAUAUUUCUUUGAGCUCAUCCAUAAACAAAACGAUCAAGGAACGGACCAUGUAGAAGUUGCGUGGCAACUCCGACAGCCUGGGAAUGGAUUUUCAAUCAUCGAUUCCAAGUACAUCUCCCUCUACAUCAACGAGUCAUCGCUGAAGCCAGAAGCUGUCAAUCACAUUCCUCAGACUGCUGCCAGUCAUGUCGCUCCGCCCCAGAGCUCCUCUAAGACUCCGCCCCAUGGAGCAGACAUGCUGAGGGCCAAUCCGCGUGACUCAUUUCAUCAGGUGCCAUUACUGGACAGGACGCGUUUGCGUGGUGUUUUACCGGACUGCAUCUAUGACCCCAGUUAUAUCAUCAAGGGAUAUCCUCUUCUGCGCUACCAGGGCCUGCAGUUCGUGCAUCUUUCUUACGUGUAUCCUAAUGACUACACACGGCUCACACACAUGGAGAGCGAAAACAAAUGUUUCUACGGUGGGAGUCCUUACUACCUCAACAGAUACGGCUUCUCAAACUACAUCAGACUGGAUCUGCCUGAGAAUGAAGAGGAAUUCCCCAAAUUCAAAGACAGCAUGCAAGGACAAGUGGUGAAGCCAGCCAAAAUUAAAGAUGAAGGAUUGCAGAAAGCUGUAAAAUAUAAAAAUGAGCAGAACAAGGUUCUACCUUAUUACGUUGAUGAUGAUGAUAAUAAUGAUGACCAAGUUCUGAAGAGACGGCGAAAACUGUUCUCUCUCCAGCAAAAUGGCAACAUUAUUAGGCUGAGUAAGGACAGAGAAAUAAAAAGACUAGGGCAGAUAGAACAAGAUAACCUACCCAAAGAACCACAAAAACUUCCCAGGGAGCCACAGAUCCAACCUAAGGAACCACAGUACCAACUGGCACAACAGAAACCAAGAAGAAAGAAAAAAAAGAGACGCCAUGUACAAGACCAACUUGGCAUCCAAAACCCACCUGUUGAAGUGAGGAACCAGGGCCAGGUUCACAGAGCUUUUGAAAAAGACCCCAUGGUUGCACCGCCGAUUCAUGGAGAUGGCAUGGAGAGGAUAUCUGACCAGCAGGUUCGUGGAGGUGCUCUGGAAGUAGCCAAACGGAAGCCUGAGUUGAAAGAACGAGGAGUUGACCAAUCGCCCAAUCAGGAUGGAGGAAUUGAAGUCCGCCCUGUACAAGCCCCAAAAAGCAAUAGUAGUGAAAGAGAUCCAAACCUUGUUGCAGUCUUAAAUGGAGAUAUUCCAAGGGAGAACGGGCGAGAAGAACGUAAUUAUAAGUCUUUGAAAGUUGAUGGGUUGGGUGGAGUUCAGGUAACCAACAUUGCCAUGUUUGAUGAUGUCCAACAUCAACGUGGUGUCUUCGUAAAUAAGUUGGGUAAUAGAGCUGACUUUCUGGGAGAACAUGUGGACCAGGCACCCAAGAAUAUAUUAGACAAGGAAGAAGUGAAGAAAACCAUGUUAAAGAACAAUAAAGAGGAAUUUGAACCAUUAAAUGCGGGCCGAAUCAAAGCAGACUCAAUACAAUGGCCCAAACAACAGUUGGGUGAUAGGAAAGUGUUUCUGAGAGAACAUGUGGACCAAGUGCCCAAGAAUGCAUUGGACAAGGAAGAAGUGAAUAAGAUCAUGUUGAAGAAAGGUCAAGGUGAAUUUGGACCCAUAGAAAGGGAAGGAGUCCAUGCAGACUCAAUACAAUGGCCCAAAAAACAGUUGGAUGAUAGGAAAGUAUUUCUGGGAGAACAUGUAGAUGAAGCAGCCAAGAAUGCACUGGACAUUGAAGAAGGAAAGAAGAUCAUGUUGAAGAACAGACAGGAGGAAGUCGCACCAUUGGAAGGGGACCGAGUCCAAGCAGACCCAAUGAGGUGGCCUAAAGACCAACAAGUUUUAAAGGUCGAAGAAGGUGGUGGUGUUGUCAUGCGAGGUAGAUCAAAACCGAAGCACUCUCGGUCUGAAAAUUACAACAAUAAUACCAUCAAACUCAGCAAGCAUAAAAAUGUGGCGCAUCAUCUUGGGAUCACCCAGAAACCACACCAUAACCUGACCAAUGAGCGUAAGGGAUGGGUCAUCGUUGGUCCGGCUGUGGAAAAACAUAGCCAAUGGGGAAAUGUUCUGGAAAAAGAGGAGCAGAUAAAGGAUAACGCGAUACAUAAUGGAGAGGCUAAGGUUGGACAAUAUGAUGAAGAUAGUUGGGUGGGUAAUGGUUAUUCCGAGGAAGCGGACUAUGGCUUAGUCAAUAAAGCUGUGUAUGACGUGGAAGUUAACUGGGCUCAGACUUUUCAGGUCAAUCCCUUGGAUCUCCAUGCCACACGCUCUGAUUGGAUCGAUCUGAAGUGUAAUGUGUCUGGGAACCUGCUGCUCAGCGAGUCGGAUGCUUUGUCUGUCGUGGACGCUUUCAUGAAGAAACUUAACAAGAAAUAUCCAAGCCAGUUUUCUUUAGAUCGUAUAGUGAAUGUUGAGAAGAGGUCUGAUUAUCCUCAAGGCAGUCGAUAUCUACUGGAACUGGACCUGCUGGAAGCUUCAGGACUUCAUCUGCGUCUGGCUCAGUACGUCUAUGUGAAAAGAACCAAUGAAUGGGGUCACCGUAAACCAAAAGUUAAUGAUGCUGAAAUUCAGCUCUGCAAUCCGUACGGCUUCUACUGGAACCCAACGGCGACUGUCCACUUUAUAAUACCAGUGAAGAACCAGGCUCGUUGGAUACAGAAGUUUAUUUCUGAUAUGGAGGAGUUAUACCGGAUCACUGGUGACCAGAACUUUAACGUCAUCAUCACUGACUUUGAAAGCACCGAUAUGAACAUAGAGCAAGCUCUACAGAACUCUUACUUACCCAGGUAUCAGUACCUCCGGUUAAGAGGAAGCUUUGAGAGAUCUGCUGGGCUACAGGCUGGAAUAAACCUUAUUACUGAUGAUCACAGUAUUGUGUUUCUCUGUGAUCUGCACAUUCAUUUUCCGACUGGCUUCAUUGAUACUGUAAGGAAACACUGCGUGGAGGGACGCAUGGCUUUUGCUCCUAUAGUCAUGAGACUCAACUGUGGUGCUUCACCGCUGGAACCUGAUGGUUAUUGGGAGGUGAAUGGCUUUGGACUUCUGGGCAUCUAUAAAUCAGACCUGGAAUCUAUUGGGGGCAUGAACACCAAAGAAUUCACUGACCGCUGGGGUGGAGAAGACUGGGAACUACUGGACAGGAUCCUAGAGGGAGGUUUGGAGGUGGAACGAAUCUAUCUGAGGAACUUCUUCCAUCACUUUCACUCAAAGCGAGGAAUGUGGAACCGCCAGACCUUUCGCAACACGUAACUGGUCCAACAGUGUCGCUGCUGCUAAGCAACUGUUACAUGGCACUUUAAAACAGCAUCUGGCAGGUGACAUUCGGUGAGCCUCAGGGUAUUUCUGAAUUGUGAUUGGUCAACGGCAUCCAUCCAUCACAGCUUUUUGAAGGUGAUUUUAAGGUUAUUAGUGGUGGAAACAUGCCCAGGGACUCAAGGAGGAGACUUAUGUGAUGCUAAAGUUGCGGAGAAGAUACAGUAAAUAACACAAAACACAUUUAUAUCCUGACCUCUACGGCUGCUAUUGGAUCAUUCCCAGGGGUGGCGUUUGACUGCAAUAAACUGUUUGCUCCAUUGAAAACUACAAUCACCAUCAAGGACACACAAACUAAACUGACCAAAGGAAACUGAGGAAAAACAGUGACACUGUACUGGUCAGUGCAUCAUUGUUAAUGAAGUGUUUUGCUCUUGUUAUCACUAUUUUGUCUGGCUAAAUACGAGUAUUCUGUUUCGACAGACAGAAAUGUGAUGUGUAUAUAAUGAGAAAAUGUGUAUUUAUUCAGGUAGCUAUGGGUCUUUGGGUUCGGGGUUCGACUUAGCACACUGUUAUGUGUUUUACACUGUGUGACCUCUUCAGGACUGAAAGAAUCAAUGGUCAAACCAAAGAGAUGUGUAAUAUUACCAGAGAAGAGCCGUUCGGUCCAUUUAUAUUUGACUGUCGACGUCAUUCAAUGUUAGUUUGACAGUCUGAUAUUAUUUAAUGCCGUUCUGUCAGAACUCCAACAUCAAAAGAAUGAAAUAAUAAAUUAACAUUUUGUUUUGAAGAUAAUUAAGCCUAUUUUUGGUUCAUUUAGAUGUUUUGCAUUGCAAUUAAGCACAUCAUUCCUCCCAAAACUACUUAUUAUUGUAAUGCGAUAACAAUUGUAUUAUUUUUACAUUUGAAAAAGUAUUUAUGUGUCAUGUUAGUAUUUGUUGUACUGCAAUAAUACUGUUAAAAAUAAAUGGUUCUAUUACAGUAAUUGCAAAUGAAAAAAAAAAAAUACUCUGAUUACAAAUGAUAAUGUAGUGAGUCACCUUUUAAGAAUAAGGGGAAUUACAAAAAACAAAUCAAAAUAAAAUGUCUAGACACAUUAUGGUAAUGAUGUUGAUGGAAACUGUACUUACUGACAUGAAAAAAAUUAUGCCAAAACAUUUCAAUGAUCCUAAAAUAGGUACCCCUUUAAGAAAAAAACUUUUUGGAUGCAAAAUCCAAAUUUCUUUACAUUUUAUUUAGGAAUUCGCAAUUUCAUAGAGGCAUUAAAGGAAUUCCGGUUUUAAUACAAGUUAAGCUCAAUCUACGUAAUUUUGAUUACACAAAAAUGUAUUUCGACUCGUCCCCCCUUUUCUUUUAAAAAAGACACUUACAAUGGAAGUGAAUGGGGGGUCAAUCCGUAAACGUUAACGUACUCACCGUUUCAAAAGUAUAUCCACGAGACAUAAACGGUAUAUGUGUUAACAUGAAUUUACUGUGAUAAAUCACUUUCCUUUUCUGUGUAAUGUUACGUAUAUAAAUUUUAUAACUUUGGUGCCAUGAUGACAUAAUGUCAACAAACCCUAAAACGACUGUAAAAUGACGAUUUUAAACCACUUUAGCUCAAAUAAUACACGAGUUAUAACAGAAGAAUCAAUGUAUGUGCUUUUAUAAAAUGAUAAGCUUCACAUUUCUGCCUUUUAAACCCUCCAAAAAUUGGCCCCCAUUCACUUGUAUUGUAAGUGUCACUCUGUAACCUCCAUUUUUGCUGCUUCUUCUUUUUUCUGUUUUUUAAAGAAGUAUUUUGUGUGGUAAUCAACAUCAUGCCACAGAUACUUUUGAUCAUGUUGACAGUGGCUUGGGUGUCUGUUCUAUUCUAUUAGGGUUCGGUUUGUGUUAUGAAUUAAUACUUUGAUGAAUUACUGGCUAGUUUUGCCCAUUGAAAGUUGACGUAUGCCAUGCUCGCUCAUACAGUAAGUGCCUUCUGCUAUGUAAAACUAGUGCUGCUGUACACUCUUUUGUAUAGGCAUUUUGGCACUAUUUUUUAUGAAGAUUCUUUUUUUAUGGUUACUUAUGCUUGAAAAGUUGCUGUCAUUUUGUGACUGGCCUAUGGAAAUGUAAUGCUAACAGUUCUUACUGUGAUGCUGUAAAAACAAAAACGUGCUGUUUAUUUAUUGUGCCACAUUUUGUAUGUGAAGAAUCUUCUUGCAAGCAGAAAAGCACAAAUGACCUUAAUAAUUAGUUGUUUAUGCAGAUCAACAACCUUAAAAUAAAAUGUUUUUCAGG